AUUGGGUUGAAACAGAAAAGUGUGAUAAGGUGAAAGUAGAUAAUGAAGCAGUUUAAUAAAUACAGAACAGUAUUUAUAUUGCAAGGAAUCUGUUUUAGCGUGGUUUUGAAGUCGACUGAAAAUUCCAUAAUCUGGAACUUUGAAAAGUAGUGUAAUUUAUGGAGCUUGUAGUUAAAAAACUGUUUUUAAGCAGGUUGUGCCUAUUAAUUAACACAAAAUACGUUGCUCAUCGUCAGAAAAUUUUCAUAUUAAGAUCUCUUCAUUUAUGCAAAGCUGAUAAAAGAGCUGGAUCAUUUGCUCGAUUGCUGAAGGUCACUCGUGUUUAUAUGGUUUAUAUGUAAUAAUAACAGCGUGGCAUUGGUUGAUCACUAACAUCGAAAUUGUCCAAAUCCCAUACCCGGCUAGAAAACUUACUUUUGAAUAGGGGAGUAUAGUACGCUUGAUCCAACUAUUCAGAUGUUUCGUGUAUAUAUUAUUCAAAUACUCGAUCGAUCAGGUGUCCCUAUUCCCAUCCCCACAUCCAUACAUUCUUAGUAUAUAAGAGAUCUCGAAUAGUAAACAUUAGGAGGACCCUUCUAUAGUGGAUAAUAACCAUGGCUUUAUUUGCGCAGCAGUAUCCGAGAAUGAUCUUAGGGAACGCGUAUGAAAGCAUGGCUGGCCACGAUGGGACAACGUCGUCCACAGAUUAAGCAGGGUAAUAGCAGAUUUUACAUUUACUGUCACUUUUAACUGCUCAUCUGGUACCUUAUUUAGCUAAUCAAUUAUCGUCAAUGAUGCAACGCACUAUCGAAGUGCUAAUAAUCCGAUUUUUGCAAUAUAAUCGGAAAACCGAACAUGAAAACAUUCUGGUGAUAAUAAACUGGACAGUCACAGAAACUGAGGAAAAUUGUCUGGCUAGACCAUCUGUAUUAGCGUCAGUGACGCGUACGUUUACCAAUCACGUGUAAAUUUGUUGCUUUUAUACUUUAAUUUAUACGCUUGAUCACGAGCAAACGGUGCAUUACUCAAACCGUCAAUUUCAAUACGUGUUAAUCGUUCGAACAUCACCAUUUUAUC